AUGAACUUUAUUGACAAUGCAUCAACAGUGACAUGGUUUACGCUUUCUGGUUUUGAUGAGAUGAUGGAACACAGAGCCACGUUCUUUUCUCUUACUUUACUGUGUUACUGUGCGAUUAUACUCGUAAAUUUGGCUCUCAUUUUGACUAUAGUCCUGAAUGAAAACCUCCAUGAGCCCAUGUACAUCUUCCUGUGUAACUUGUGCAUCAGUGGACUUUUUGGGACUGCAGGAUUUUAUCCCAAGUUCCUGCUGGAUGUAUUGUCUUAUCUGCAGGUUAUCUCUUAUGCAGGAUGUCUCAUUCAGUCUUUUGUAAUAUAUUCUUCUGCCUGUGGAGACUUUGCAAUUCUAGCAGUGAUGGCAUAUGACAGGUAUGUGGCAAUCUGUAGACCACUGGAGUAUCACUCUGUUAUGACCAGGAGGAGGGUCACUUGGUUAGUCUUUUAUCCAUGGCUCUCUACGUUCUUUUUAAUAAGUAUACAAAGUAUUUUAACAAGUACACUGAGAUUAUGUAGAUCACACAUAGAGAAGCUCUACUGUGCAAAUUGGCCCACUGUUAAACUGUCUUGCACUUCAACCAUAGCAAGUAAUAUAAUGGGGUAUAUUAACACACUUUUCUAUGCCGGACAUAUAAUAUUCAUUGUGUGUUCCUAUGUAUAUCUUAUCAGGUCAUGUUUGAAGUCUAUUGAGGACAGGGGAAAGUUUAUGCAGACCUGCAUGCCACAUUUACUGUCAUUAAUUAAUGUAACAGGUGCUCUGCUGUUUGAGGUUUUCUACAGUAGAUACGGUUCAACAGUAAUAUCACAACACUUUCAUAAUUUCAUGGCAGUACAGUUUUUAGUCAUUCCUCCAAUUCUAAACCCGCUUAUUUAUGGUGUUAAACUGAAGCAGAUUAGAAACCGAAUUAUGAGUUUGUGCAUAAGUAAAAGAACGGUGUCAUUAAAAAAGACAUUACAGUGA